AUGCGACCCACCCCUUUACAAACAGGACAGGGGGCCCCCAUACAAAGCCCCCGCCAGGGGCCCCUUGGGGGCCCUCGAUUCCCUCUGGGGGGCCCCCAGUUGCGAGACGUUCGACUGGGUGGAGUGGGGGCCUUGCAGAGCCAGUGGGGCCCCCUGCAGCAAAGUACCCUCCAGGGCCCCCUUUAUGGCCCCCUCUAUGGGUCCCGGCAUGGGGGGCCCCUACAGGUGCCCCAGCAGGGGGGGCCCCUUCAGGGCUCCCCGCUUGGGGCCCCCCAGCAGCUGGGCGUUCGGCAGCAGGGCCCGCAACAGACGGGCAGCCAGCAGGGGGGCCCCCAGCAGGCCCAGCAGGGCACCAUUCAGCGGGGCCCUCAGCAGGGCCCAAAGAGGGGCCCCCAACCGGGGGCCCCCCAGCAGGGCCCCCCGCGUCGGAGCAUCCUUCAGGAGCUCCUUGAGGACGCCGAUGAGGAGGGCCCCCUUCAGGGCCAGGAGGGGCGGGGCCCCCAACCGCGGGGCCCCCCGCAGGGCCCCCAACCGAGGGCCCCCCAGCAGGGCCCCCAGCAGCGCCCCCCGCAGCAGAGCAUCCUUCAGGGCCUCCUUGAGGCUUCCGAUGACGAGGGCCCCCUUCCGGGCCAGGAGGUGAGGGGCCCCCAGCAGCGGGGCCACCAGCAGGGCCCCCAGCAGCAGGGUACCCUUCAGGACCCUGAGCAAGGGGCCCCCCUUCAGGGCACGGGGGAGUGGGGCCUCCAAGAGCGGGGCCCCCAGCAGGGCCCCAAGAAGGGCCCCCAACCGCGGCCCCCCCCGCAGGGCCACCAGCACCAUCGCGUCCUUCAGGGCCUCCUUCAGGCCCCCCCGCAGCAGGGCCCCCUUAUGGGCCCCCAGCAGCAGGGCCCCCUUCAGGGCCCCCAGCAGCAGGGCCGCCAGCAGCAGGGCCCACCUCAGGGCCCCCAGCAGCAGGGGCCCCUUAUGGGCCCCCCGCAGCAAGGCCCCCUUCAGGGCCCCCCCCAGGGCUCGGAGCAGCGGGGCCCCCAAGGGCGAGGCCCUCAGCAGGGCCCAAAAAGGGCCCCCCCACUGUGGGGCCCCCAGCAGGGCCCCCAGAGGGGUUCUCAACCGCGGGCCCCCCAGCAGGGCCCCCAGCAGCAGGGUUCGCAACAGCGGGGCCCCCAGCAGGGCCCUCAGCAGCGGGGCCCCCAACAGGCCCCCCAGCAGAGCUUCGACGGGCGGGGCCCCCAGCAGGACCCCCAGCCGGGCCCCCCGCAACAGCGGGGCCCCCAGCAGGGCCCCCAGCAGCAGGGUACCCUUCAGGACCCCGAGCAAGGGGCCCCCCUUCAGGGCACGGCGGAGUGGGGCCUCCAAGAGCGGGGCCCCCAGCAGGGCCCCAAGAAGGGCCCCCAACCGCGGGCCCCCCCGCAGGGCCCCCAGCACCAUCGCGUCCUUCAGGGCCUCCUUCAGGGCCCCCCGCAGCAGGGCCCCCUUCUGGGCCCCCAGCAGCAGGGCCCACCUCAGGGCCCCCAGCAGCAGGGCCCCCUUAUGGGCCCCCCGCAGCAGGGCCCCCUUCAGGGCCCCCCCCAGGGCUCGGAGCAGCGGGGCCCCCAGGGGCGGGGCCCUCAGCAGGGCCCAAAAAGGGCCCCCCCACUGUGGGGCCCCCAGCAGGGCCCCCAGAGGGGUUCUCAACCGCGGGCCCCCCAGCAGGGCCCCCAGCAGCAGGGUUCGCAACAGUGGGGCCCCCAGCAGGGCCCUCAGCAGCGGGGCCCGCAACAGGCCCCCCAGCAGAGCUUCGACGGGCGGGGCCCCCAGCAGGACCCCCAGCCGGGCCCCCCGCAGCAGGGCCCCCAGCAGCGGGGCCCCCAGCAGGUCCUCCCCCCGCAGCAGGCCCCCCCACAGGGGGCCCCCCAGCAGGUUCUCCCGCAGCAGCGGGGCCCCCAACAGCUGAGCCCCCCGCAGCAGGGCCCCCUGGCGCAGGUACCGCAGCAGCAGGGCCCCAUGGAGGGCCCCCAGCAGGGCCCCCAGCAGCAGGGGGGCCCCCUUGAGGGCCCCCAUGAGGGGGCCCCCCUGCAGGGCCCCGGUGUUUCCUCUUCUUCUUCUUCUGAGUUAGUGCGCCUGCUGCAGAAGCCGCCAGGGAAGGGGGGAGAGGGGGCAAGGGGGGAUAAGUGGUGGCGGUCGGGGGGGAUGGGCCCCUCAAAGCGUUGA